AUGACUGAAGAGAUAAAAAGUGAUCUAAUUAUCCGCAAACUCUUCACAGUUAGUGCUUCUGGUGUUGAGUGGAGUUCAGACGCCAAACACAACUAUGACAUCGUUAUAGUUGGCGGAGGUAUUGUGGGCGCCGCCACUGCCAGGGAACUGGCCAUUAGAAAUCCGAAACUGAAGUUUGCUAUCAUUGAGAAGGAGAAUCAAUUGGCUUUCCAUCAAUCGGGUCAUAAUUCUGGUGUCAUUCACGCCGGCAUUUACUACAAACCGGGUUCAUUAAAAGCCAAACUGUGUGUCGAGGGCUCAUCCCUGGCCUACAAAUACUUGGAUCAGAAAAAGAUUGCGUAUAAAAAAGUUGGCAAAUUGAUUGUUGCCGUGAAUGAGGAGGAAGUGGACCGACUUAAAGAACUCUAUGAAAGGGGUCUUCAAAAUGGUGUUAAAGAUAUGGUUUUAUUGGAAGCAAACGAUAUCAAGAAAUAUGAACCCAAUUGUGUGGGUCUUAAGGCCAUAUGGAGUCCACACACCGGUAUUGUGGACUGGGCUCAAGUGAACCAGUCUUUCGGCAAAGAUUUUGAGUCAAUGGGCGGUAAAAUCUAUACCAACUUUAAGGCCAAUAAAUUUGAAUUAGAAAACGAUUCCAAUGACCAGUUGGUGAGAGUGACCGACAGCACCGGUAAUAAAGUGAUUAAAACUCGAUAUGUUGUGACCGCAGCUGGUCUUCAAGCCGAUAGAAUUGCCAGAUUAACGGCCGGCCAUUCAAACCCUAAAAUUGUUCCCUUCAGAGGAGAGUAUCUAUUAUUGAAGAAAGAGAAGAGCGAUUUAGUUCGCACUAACAUUUACCCGGUGAAUAUGUCCAUGGGCUGGGAGCGAAGGCAUUGUUUCAUUACUAUAGCCCUCAAGUAUUUAGGACCUGGAUUAAAUGAACUCUAUAGGAGUUAUAGGACGGCAGCUCAGGUGGAACUGCUCCGGAAAUACGUGCCCUCACUGACAGUCGACGACAUCGAACCCAACACUUAUAAGGCAGGCAUCAGAGCCCAAGCACUCGACGAAAAUGGCAAUUUAGUCGAUGACUUCGUGUUCGACAUCGGAAGCGAAGGCAUCGGAGAGCGAGUCCUUCACGUGAGGAACGCCCCAUCGCCCGCCGCAACCUCAUCCCUGGCCAUCGCUAAGAUGAUCGCAGAUAAGGCUGAACAGUGUUUCUUCAAGUGAUAUACAAGUCAUGAUAUAAUGAAAACUUUAUUUUAGAUAAAUAAAUCAUAAUAUGAUUAAAG